AUACUCGUACAGUUCUAACUAGGUAUCGGCGCGUACUACAUACCACCCGACUCUACAGUAGUACAGGAUGUAUCUUUCACUUGGAAAUCUAUUAUUUUACUCGUUGGCCACAAUUUAUAUCACGGGAUUGCCCAUAAAUCACGAAUGCGAAUCAGUCAAAACCUUCAAAACCAGAAUGGAUGCGAUACUAAAAAAUAUGUCAGAUCAGCAACUAAUUGGCGGCUUAGAAAUGCAACUGAAUUGGUACGGAAAGGCGAUCAAAUUGGAAAAUGAAGCGAUCAGAUUGGAAAAGGAAUUAGCGUCAAAAUGCGACGAACUGCAAAAAUUGCGACCGUUUUUUGCAAUACGUAAGUGGAUCGAAACACAGGAGGCAUUCCUUGCACCGGAAUACGGAGACCCAAGAGCAAUUUUUAAAGAUAUGCGUACUAGGAUGGAUUACCACGAAGAAAAAUGGCGUAAGAUUUUAGAAAAAACCAACGUGCCCAUGGUACAAACAAUACUCAAGUUAUUGCAAGAUAAUCGCAUAUCUAAAGGCGACUUUUGUCGAAUAGUCGGCGGUUUCUUCAGUAUGGCUAAUGGAGGUAUAAAUGCACCUACGCUCGGAUCGUACACCUCAGAACAAAUGGAAUCCAUUCUUCGGGAUGAAUAUGAGAUCUAUGAUGACACUACGAUCCAUUGUAUUACUCGUGUACUCAUGAAAUCGUAAAUAAAUAAAGAAA